AUUUGUUAAGAAAAGACACAAAACUUGUCCAAUUUAUCUUCUAGAUCUCGAAAUAAAUACAAAAAGCUUUCCUUUUUGCUUUCAUCUUCUGCUACUUGAUGAUGGAUUCAAGUAAAGAGAGUAGCUUGAUUGAAACCCAUUUUCUAAAACCCUAUGUAACCUCCAUUGAUGGUGCUGUAGCAGAGCUUCCUCGUCACCGUCUCUCUGUUUCUUCAUCAGACCUAAAUGAGUCGUUUUCUAGGAUUUCUUUCAAUGGGUUUUGGUCUGCACAACCCAAUUUCAAAUCAUGGGCUAAAAAAAUGGAAGCUUUGCACGAACCCAUUUGGAGAAAAGCUGGGAUUUUUGAGGCAAUAAAGGCAUCGAUGUACAAAAUCCGUAAAAAUCAGUCUUUGCUUCUAGCUCUUGUUGAGAAAUGGUGUCCUGAAACCAAAUCUUUCCUCUUCCCUUGGGGUGAAGCAACGAUAACGCUUGAGGAUGUGCUUGUGCUUUUAGGGUUUUCUGUUCAGGGUUCUCCUGUUUUUGCCCCUUUAGAAAGCUCAGAGAUGAGAGAUUCCGUAGAGAAACUGGAGAAAGCUAGAUUGGAGAAUAGAGGCCAGGAUGGGCUAGUGAGACAAAACUUAUGGGUUUCGAGCUUCUUGGGUAGAGGUGAUCAAAUGGAGCAUGAAGCUUUUCUUGCAUUUUGGCUUUCGCAGUUCGUUUUUCCGGAUAUGUGUCGUCGUUCUAUUUCGACAAAAGUUCUCCCUAUGGCUGUUCGUUUAGCUAGAGGCGAAAGGAUUGCUUUUGCUCCUGCUGUUCUAGCUAGACUAUACAGAGAUUUGGGUCAAAUUCAAGCGUCUGCUAGAGAAAAGUCCACUCCAAAUGUCACUCUGAAAUCACUGUUUAAGUUAGUCCAACUCUGGGCAUGGGAGAGAUUCAAGAGUACCAGUCCAAAAGCUAGAGUGAUACCAAAAGGUGAACCUAGGAUAUCUCGGUGGCACUCACAAACAUCUAAGAAUGUGAGAUUGAAUCUUGUUGAUUUUGAUUGGCGUCCUUACACUAAACCUUUACAGAUUUGGAACCCUCCUCGGUUUUACCCUGAAGAAGCUAUGUGGAUGACUGUUGAUGACAAUCUUGAUGAUGGAUUCGUUUCCUUUGCUCGAUGUAUGAGAGUUUCUCAGCUUGUUGGGGUUGGUAUUGUGGAGGAUUACUAUCCAAACCGAGUGGCAAUGCAGUUCGGGCUGGCUCAAGAUCUUCCUGGUUUGGUUACUGAUCAUAGCAGCUUCACAGAAAAAGAAGCAUGGGAUGGUUACAAUAAGUCUCUUGAUGGUUUAAUGCUUUACAUACCUUCUCGUGUCGCUACGACUUCUGUUACUGAAAGAUAUCGUGACUGGUGGUUGAAAUCUAUUUCAAAGUUUUUUCUGGAUUCUUCAGAAUCAACUGAAACGUUUGAUGCAAGUAACACAAUUGAUCAUUAUGAUAAUAAUGAUGAGGAUGAUGAGCUACUGCCUUUGGGUCAAGUGCUUCAGAAUUUUGGAGAGAGCUUUCUUAAGAAACUCGAAAGAUGUAGGGCGCGUAGGCUAGCUAAAAAUCAUCGAUUCAAGAUAAAUAAAGACAAGAUUGGUGAUGGUGGUGCAUCAGCUUCAACAGAAUUACCACUUAGUCAGUUGUUUAAAAAGGAGGUGAUGAAGAGAACAAGUGAGCAUUUGAAAAACAAGGGACGGAAGCGAGCUCGUGAGGAUGAUGUAAGUUCUAUGGAUCACAAAGAUGAUGACGUUACCAUCGCUCAGAUGAUCAAAUCUAGAAGGAAUGAUGAAUGUGGAAGCAAAGGAAAGAAGAGUAGUAUGGUUCAAAGACCAUCUAACGAAAACAACUCUUCAGAUCCUCUUGUUGAUUCUAAUGGAGGUAUAAUUGACAUUUCUGUGUCACCAUCAGAGACAAGGCAAACGUGUGAUGAUGAGCUUCAUGUAGAUAGAAGCAAGAAAGAAGAGUUGGUCCAUGAAGAUGAAGAAAAGCAAAGAAGCAAUGAGAAUUUGUGCAGUGAAGCUGAGAAAGAAGAAGAUAUUGAUGAAAGAUUGAAACAGAGAAAGCUUGCUAUAGAGGAGAUAGCAUUGAAGCUGGAGACACGUGUUAUGGAGGUUGAGAAGAGUUUGACAAUGAUUAGAAAAUGGAAAACCAGAGGCAACCAGACCAAUCAUAGAGUUUCUGCUUAAGUAUUAACAAAUUGUGUCUUAACUAUUAAUGAUCAGAAAUUUUUCAAGAGGAUCUCUUAAGGAAACAAACACAACAAUGUCACAAUUAGUAAUCUAUGUGGAGAACUUAUCAGACACAAG